AUGCGUGUCUUCCACUGGAUUCCAUUAUUACCGGCUGUGGCGGCGCUUGCCGUGCCCUCGGAUAGCUUGGAGGGCUUGGAGGCCCUCAUCCGCCGCCAGCUGCCCAAGCACCCAACACACGUCAAGACUAUCAAGACGGCUAAUAAUGUCACCAUUCGCUAUAAAGAGCCUGGCAAAGAGGGUGUUUGUGAAACUACCCCCGAUGUCAAUUCCUAUGCGGGUUAUGUGGACCUCUCACCCACAGAGCACACUUUCUUCUGGUUUUUCGAGGCUCGCCAUGACCCUGAAAAUGCGCCAAUCACCUUGUGGUUGAAUGGUGGACCGGGCAGUGACUCUUUGAUUGGAUUGUUCGAGGAAUUGGGUCCGUGUGGUGUCAACAAGAAUAAUGAAUCUUAUAUCAACAAGAAUUCGUGGAAUGAGGUCUCGAAUUUGCUAUUCAUCUCUCAGCCAUUGGGUGUUGGUUUCUCCUACGCUGAGAAAGCGGCCGGCACUCUUAACCCUAUCACAGGUUCAUAUGAAGACCCGUCCUUUGCAGGCAUUGAUGGUCGCUAUCCAGUCAUCAACGCUACCGCAAUUGAUACAACUGUACUCGCUGCCAAAGCUACCUGGGAAGUCCUGCAGGGGUUCCUGGGUGGUCUGCCCAAGCUAGAUUCGAAGAUCAAGUCGAAGAGUUUCAAUUUGUGGACCGAAAGCUAUGGAGGACAUUAUGGCCCUGCCUUCUUCGAUCACUUCUAUGAAGAGAACCUUAAGAUUGCCAACGGCACCCAGCACGGCAUUCAACUCGACUUCAACACCUUGGGUAUCAUCAAUGGUAUCAUCGAUGAAGGAAUUCAAGCCAGGCACUACCCUGAAUUUGCCGUGAACAACACCUAUGGCAUCAAGGCUGUCAACGAGACAGUUUACAACUACAUGAGAUUCGCCAACGAAAUGCCAAACGGCUGCCAGGACCAAAUCGCAACCUGCAAGCUUACAAACCGCACCUCGCUAUCCGACCUCGCACUCUGCACGGAGGCAACCAACAUGUGCCGGGAUAACGUCGAAAGCCCCUACUACGUCUUCGGCGAGCGAGGCGCCUAUGACAUCCGCCACCCGAGCGACGACCCAACCCCAGAAGGCUACUACAUAAACUACCUCGCCAAAGACUCGGUCCUGAACGCCCUAGGCGUCGACAUAAACUACACGCAAUCCAACAACGAAGUCUACUUCGCCUUCCAGCAAACCGGCGACUUCGUCUGGCCCAACUUCCUCGAAGACCUAGAGGAUAUCCUCUCCCGCCCCGUCCGCGUCGCCCUCAUCUACGGCGACGCAGACUACAUCUGCAACUGGUUCGGCGGCGAGGCCAUCUCCCUCGCGGCGAAGUACAAGCACAGCAAGCAGUUCCAGAAGGCCGGCUAUGCGCCCUUCCUCGUCGGUGGUGUCGAGUAUGGCGAGACGAGGGAGUAUGGUAACUUCUCUUUCACCCGUGUUUAUGAGUCUGGUCAUGAGGUGCCGUACUAUCAGCCGGUGGCUGCGUUGCAGCUGUUUAAUCGUACGCUGAAUGGGUGGGAAUUGACCAAGGGAGAAGAGAAGGUGAAGCAGAAUUCUGGCUCGACUGGCCCUAAGACGGCGACUCAUACCCAGGCUUCGGUGCCGUUGCCUACGGCCACAAAGGCUUCUGGGUUUGGUGAGUUGUCGUGA